AUGGCAAAUUUGCCAACACUAGUCUUUAUACCCGGUGCAUGGCAUAAGCCUACUUGCUAUGAGAAAAUCACCAAAAUCCUGCAUGAGCAGUACGAAUUCAAAUAUGUCCUGGUGACUCUCCCGUCGACCCAAGGGAAUCCAGAUGCGACCUUCAAAGAUGACCUUGAUGCUGCCAGAGACGCCAUAUCAAACGAGACAACUCAGGGGCGCGAUGUUGUAGUUCUUGCACACUCAUAUGGCGGCAUGGUCGGCAACAGUGCUAUCAAAGGGUUCGCGAAACCACGAGACGACGGUACGAACAAAGACCAGCAACCGUCGACAUCAGGGCAUAUUAUCGGUCUCAUCCUUAUCGCAUCCGGCUUCACCUUCACGGGGCUCGCUUUCAUGGACCCGUUCCUCGGUCGCCCGCCUCCCUCAUGGCGCGUCAAUAACGAGACCGGUUAUGCCGAGCUUACCGUCUCUCCAUGUGACUUCUUUUAUCAUGACUUACCUGCAGAAGAGGCAGAAUACUGGGCUUCUCAGCUCACCACCCAGAGUCUCAAGGCAUUGUUUGAAGGCGGUGAGUUUUCAUAUGCUGGCUGGAUGGAUGUGCCUAGUUGGUAUAUUGGCACCGCCGAGGAUAGGGGCUUGCCAGUAGUGAUGCAACGAAUGCAGACGGGUAUGGCGAGGGAAAUGGGUGCUAGCGUGGAGCACAGGGAGCUUCAGACGAGCCAUUCGCCGUUUUUAAGCCAACCUGAAGCCACAGUGAGGCUUAUACUCGAUGCCAUCGGUCAGUUUACUGGCAAGCCAGUGGACAAUACGCCCGCGAUGAGUGAGUGUGAUAAGAUGAUAACGGUUCUAGGGGCCACACUAUGGCAGCCUUAUACGUGGUAUAAAUUUGGACUGCCACUGGUCUUUGGUCAUCUUCUUGGGAGAUAUAUACCUUGGUUUGAUAAUGACUAG